CAACGUUGGUAAAUCACCCUAAAUAAUAAUAACAAUAAUGCAGUUGCUGGGCUAACAACAAAAGGAACAGGGAAGGGUGCAGAGUGAAAGAGGAACAUAAUCAUAGGGAAUUAGCUAUGGAGGUGCUUGUGAAAGUGAUAGUCAAUUCCUCCUUCUACUGAGCAAAACCUCUUUAGAUGAUCUCGUUUUAUGCCAAUUUCUUUUCUUUACAAAACCCACCUUAUUCCUUCCAUUCGAUACCAUUCUUCUGCGCUCAACCAAAUGAUGUCCAUGGCUAUCUCCGCUCCGCACUUAUCUCCCCCCACCCACAUUUCCUCCAUGGAAAACCCACCUGUCUCCCUCUUCCAAAGUUGCAAAUCCAUGGACCAACUCAAGCAAAUCCAUUCGCAAACUAUCAAAACUGGCAUCAUAUGCAACCCCAUUAUACAAAGUAAGAUCAUUGCCUCUUGCUGUACUCAAGAAUUCGGGGAUAUGGAUUAUGCACGACGACUGUUUGAUGCAAUUCCUCAACCAACAGUCUUCCAUUGGAAUACAAUGUUCAGAGGAUAUUCCCGGAUUGCUUGUCCUAAACUAGGGGUUUCUAUGUACUUACAAAUGCUAAGUAGGGAUUUUAUGCCUGAUUCUUACACUUUUCCAUUUUUGAUGAAAGGUUUUACGCGUGAUAUUGCACGCCAGUGUGGGAAAGAGCUGCAUUGUCACGUAGUCAAAUAUGGUCUUCAUUCCAACGUGUUUGUUCAAAAUACGUUGAUAAAUAUGUACUCUUUAUGCGGUUUAAUUGAUAUGGCUUGUGGAAUUUUCGAUAUGAGUUGUAAGAGUAAUGUGGUCAUGUGGAAUGCAAUGAUUUCUGGUUACAACCGAAUAAAGCAAUAUGAUAAAGCUAAGAGGCUUUUCUUUGAGAUGGAGAAGAAAGAAAUAUUGCCAUCUUCGGUUACUCUUGUUUCAGUAUUAUCAGCUUGCUCUAAGUUGAAGGAUUUAGAAUGUGGCAAACGGGUUCAUAAGUAUGUUUUAGACCACAUUGUUGAGUCUAAUUUGAUCGUGGAAAAUGCUUUAAUUGACAUGUAUGUGGCAUGUGGUGAAAUGAAGGUUGCACUUGGGACUUUUGAGAGUAUGAAGAAGAAGGAUGUGAUUUCUUGGACGGCUAUUGUUGCUGGAUUUGUGAAUAUAGGAGAACUUGAUAUAGCCAGAAAGUACUUUGAUCAGAUGCCUGAAAGAGACCAUGUCUCAUGGACUGCCAUGAUAGAUGGUUACCUUCAAGGUAAUUGCUUCAAAGAGGCUUUGGUUCUCUUCCGUCAAAUGCAAAUUUGGAAUGUAAAACCAGAUGAGUUCACCAUGGUUAGCAUACUUACAGCUUGUUCACAACUUGGGGCACUGGAGCUAGGAGAAUGGGUAAAGGCUUACAUUGACAAAAACAAGGUCAAGGAUGACAUCUAUGUGGGGAAUGCUUUGAUAGACAUGUACUUCAAAUGUGGGAAUGUUAGAAAAGCACAAACCUUGUUUAAUGGCAUGCCUCUGCGGGACAAAUUUACAUGGACAGCCAUGAUUGUUGGUCUUGCCAUUAAUGGAUAUGGGGAAGGCGCCCUUGAUAUGUUUGCCCAAAUGCUGAAAGCUUCAGUAACUCCAGAUGAAAUAACUUACAUUGGUGUUCUCUGUGCUUGUACUCACACUGGCAUGGUAGAUGAAGGAAGAAAAUUUUUUGCUAGCAUGACCAUCCAACAUGGAAUUGAGCCAAUCGUGGCUCACUAUGGAUGUUUAGUUGAUCUCCUUGGCCGGGCUGGGCAUCUACAAGAAGCUUAUGAAGUAAUAAAGAAUAUGCCCAUGAAACCAAAUUCAAUUGUUUGGGGAUCCCUUCUCAGCGCCUGUAGAAUUCAUAAAGAUGCAGAAAUGGCUGAAAUGGCAGCUAAACAGAUCCUUGAGUUAGAGCCAGCUAAUGGAGCAGUUUAUGUUAUUCUAUGUAAUAUAUAUGCAGCUUGCAAUAAAUGGGAUAAUUUGCGUGAAUUGAGAAAAGAAAUGAUGGAUAGAGGCAUCAAGAAAAUCCCUGGUUGCAGUUUGAUAGAAAUGAAUGGUGUCGUCCAUGAAUUUGUUGCUGGGGACCAAUCUCAUCCUCAAACUAAGGACAUAUAUCUGAAAUUAGAUGAAAUAAGGAGUGACCUGAAAUUUUCUGGGUAUUCCCCUGAUACUUCUGAGGUGUUUCUUGAUAUAGGGGAAGAAGAUAAAGAGAGUGCACUUUACCAGCAUAGUGAGAAGCUAGCUAUAGCAUUUGGGCUCAUCAAUUCAGGAAAUGGAUCCACAAUCAGAAUUGUGAAGAACCUUAGAAUGUGUGUAGAUUGUCAUCGUAUGGCAAAGUUGGUCUCAAUGGUGUAUGAAAGAGAGGUGAUCGUCAGGGAUCGAACUCGUUUCCAUCAUUUCAGGCACGGUUCAUGUUCAUGCAAAGACUAUUGGUGAGAGUUGAAUAAGUGGUGAAUUGUAAAUUUCUUAAUCUAAUUGUUCUUUAUAUUUGCCAAAACAUGCAAGGAAGAGUUAGUGCCAUACCUUGGGUGAUUGUAGCCCUUAGAUUGAUAAAUGUUUUAAGCUGCAUAACAUUUCUAACAAUAUUGUGUCUGACAGAAAGCCUUUACGAGUUUGUUUAGACACCAUCAUUCAAGGCUUUUGGGUACUAAUUUGCAUCUUAGUACUGCUUAUCAUCCUCGAUCAGACGGUAAAACAGAGACAGAGAGAUAGAAUAGAUGUUCGAAUAAUACCUGUGUAUGACUUCAGUAACCUGACAAAUGGUGCAAACGUUUGAGCUUAGCAGCGUGGUGGUAUGAUCCUAAUUACCUUAGAAAUAUUAAAAAGUCCCUCUUUCGGGCUUUAUAUGGUUACACUCCAUGGGGACAACUUUCAUAUAAGUAGCUAAGGUGGACGUUUUUUUGGUGGAGGACAUAAUGGGUGGAUGUUUGAGAGAGCUAUGAUAGAAGAGAGCAAGGGUGACAAGAUCAUUUAUGCUUAGCAACAGCCCAAAUUGAUGGAAGAAUGAUAAAUGUAAUGAUGAUGCUUAGUAACAGCCCAAAUUCAUGCUUAGUAUGAAUUUUUUUUCCCUUUUCUUUACAA